AUGGAUGCCAUGGAGGAGCAGAAGCGCAUAGCUGCAGAGGAAGCUAAGGAGAAGGAGCGUGAGCGGGAGCGGGAAAGGAAGAAGAAGGAGGCGGAAGAGCAGGCGAAGAAGGACUUGGAAGUGGCUCAAAGGCAAGCCGCUGCCAUUGAAGCAGAGAGGAAACGCAAGCGAGAGGCUGCGCAAGAGCUGAUCACCAGCAUGCUCGAUCAAAGUGUUGAGCCGGUGCCCAAGCCAGAGGUCGCGGCGGAAGACAAAGCGAUUGAUGGGGAGGCUGCAAGGCUGGAAAGGAAGGCCAAGCUCCUGAAGCAAGCGGAGGAGCUGAGGCAGCAACAAGAGCAGCUGAAGCAAAAGAAGGCAGAGGAAGAGGUUGCAAGGCGUCAGCGCAUGCGCGAGCGUCGGGCCGCGAGAGCUGCGGACGUGGCCGUCGUGCUGGACUGA